UUGACGAAACAAACUACACCUUCUGCUCAUCUAUAAGCAUAAACCCCGCCGGAAACCGGACUCCCUCGCCGGGAACCGGAAACCGGAAACCGGACUCCCUCACCGGAAAACAUGUCAUAGGUGUCUUCCCUGCGGUAAUUGAGGUAAAUCCUAUAUUUACACUAGAAAUAGUUUGGCUAUUUCGAGUAGACUAUAGGCAUAAAACUUCGACUGAGACUUCCAUUGUAAAAGUUACACCUUUACAAGAUAUUGACUUGUGCUUAAAAUGUCGACUCAAAAGUUUUACCAAACUGUAAAACAACUUUUUCCCAAAAAACCGAAUGAAGAAAUUGCCAAAUUGAUCUCCAAUACCCUCAUAAAUUUGAGGUCUAUUACGGAAAUUCCUCCUCUAAUUUCCCAGCUUAAUCCCCAAGUAAUCCAUCUUGUUCUUUCAAACCCAUCUGUCCCUACACAAUCUUGCUUAAGCUUCUUUAAAUUCCUCCAAAAAGACCAAUCUUUGACUCACCAAAGACCCAAUCUUGAAGCACAUAUAGCCUUGGUUUUGCGCUUGCUUGAAUCCAGGAAGUUUGCUGAAGCCAAGAAUAUAUUGCAUGUUAUUGCUGCUGCUGAUGGUCUGAGGAAACCCUUUUCAGAAAUAGCUUCUUUAGUGGGUGAGAAUCAUGUAGAGCACAAGGUUAUAGGGAAGAUGUUAGAUAUGUUGUUUAGGGUUUAUGUUGAUAAUAUCAGGUUUGAGGAAGCUCGGGAGGUUUUUGAGUAUAUGAGGAAUGGUGGGUUUGAAUUGGAUGACAGAUCUUGUAUGGUAUACUUACUUGCUAUGAAAAGGCGAAAACGAUAUGACUCGUUGUUCGAGUUUUUCGAAAAGAUGGUUGAGUAUGAUGUGAAAAUUACGGUUUAUACGAUGACAAUGGUUAUCGACGGGUUGUGUAAAGUGGGAGAGGUUAACAAGGCAAGAAACCUCAUGGAUGAAAUGAUUAGCAAAGGGGUGAAACCAAAUGAGUACACUUAUAACACAUUAUUAGAUGCUUAUGUGAAGAAGUCAGAUUUUGUGGCUGUGAAAGAGAUUUUGAGGACAAUGAAAAAGGAUGGUGUGGAUCUUGAUGUGACAAGUUAUACACUUCUGAUUGACGGGUAUUCUAAUUUGGGCAAUAUUGAAGACGUUGAGAGAUUGUUUAGAAAAAUAAAAGAGAAGGGAAUAGAGCCAGAUGUGCAUUUAUACACCUCUAUGAUUAGUGGUUAUUGUAAGUUAGGUGAUGCAAAAAAGGCUUUUUUGGUGUUUGAUGAAAUGGUGGAGAGGGGCCUCGUUCCGAAUGCUCACACAUAUGGGGCGUUGAUAAAUAGCUUGUGUAAGGCUGGACAGAUGCAAGCGGCUGAAGUUUUACUUAAUGAGAUGCAAAGUAAGGGGAUUGACGUAAAUCGAGUUAUAUUUAAUACAAUGAUGGAUGGUUACUGUAAGCAAGGUAAUAUGGAUGAAGUAUGGAGGCUGCAGAGAGUUAUGGAGGGCAAAGGACAUGAGGCUGAUGUAUACGUUUAUAAUAUAAUUGCUACUGGGUUGUGUAAGUUAGAUCGGCAUGAUGAAGCAAAGACGUGGUUGUUCUCGAUGGUGGAUCGAGGCGUAGCUCCAAAUGAAAUUGCUUAUACGACUUUGAUCGAUAUUUAUUGCAAGGAAGGAAAUUUUGUUGAAGCAAAAAGGGCACUUCGUGAGAUGGAAAGUAAGGGAGUUAAGCCUAAUACGGCAACAUACAACGCCGUCAUAGAUGGUUAUGGCAAAAAGGGUUUGAUGAAGGAAGCAUAUAAGCUAAGAAAUCUAAUGGAAUCUAAGGGUCUGAAACCUGAUGUCUAUACAUACACCUCGCUUGUACACGGGGAGUGCAUAUCAGGGAAGGUUGAUGAUGCUCUGAAACUUUUCAAUGAGAUGCCUAUAGAGGGUUUAGCUCCGAAUGUGGUGACUUACACAGCAAUCAUUUCUGGCUUAUCAAAAGAGGGCAGAUCAGAUGAAGCCUUCAGAUUAUAUGAUGAGAUGAUAGAGGCAGGCCUUACGCCUGAUGCUACUGCAUACUCUGCUCUUGUGGGUAGCCUUCAUAGUUGACAUUUAUCUAGUGUGAGAAGUUGUUCUUUAGGAACUUGUAAGUUGUAAGCUUCAUGUAAAUCACAUUUUAGCAAUUUGGAGGCAAUAGCAGACUGUUCAAUACAUCCUCAAGACAUUUUACAUGAGCACAUUCUGCAGAGAUUUGGCAGCCUGGCUUUUUGCUUGUUACUGCAGGUCUGAGUGUUGUCCGUGAACAUGGUCUGCCAUAAAUUCAAGUACACCAUUUUCGUGAUAAUGGAAGAACCAAAACAAAAGAAGUGUGUCACCUUGGAGAUGCUGGUGGAGGAUAGCAAAUUUGUAGGUUAUGUACCUUUUUUGGCUGAGUGCCCAGUUCUAUUCCUUAUCAAUACCAGAGGCAAGUUCUUACCAAAUGCAUGAUGUGGUUAUAAGUCGGAUCAUUCUUGUACAACAAUCAUGUGAUAUUAAUUGUCAGUUAUUCUCAGAAGGAAGAAGAAAAGAGAACAUAGUGAGUUGUGUUUCUUGUACCAGAUGAUGGAAAUUUUAAUACCAGAGGUGAAAGAGUAAAUUUCAAAUAGUUGGCCUCUGAGACAAAAACCUAUGAUGCACUCAUUGCAAUCAUUCAAUCUCUGUUCUUUAUGCAUGAUAAAGUGUUGACAUAGUGUGAUAAGUCAACUGUCAAAGUUGCCGACACUCUGCUGAUAAUUGCACUGGCUUCCUUGUUUUUUUCCAGGCAAGCAAUAAACUGACGGUAUAUGCAAGUUUCUUGUACUUGUUUUCGAUAUUCUAAUUUCGUACCUGCUGAGGCAGAUGCUCCAGGAGGGAUCAUAACCUUUUUUGAAGCUGUCUGUAACUGUCGAAAGAAAUGAAGGAUGAGGUUCUGUCUGUCCAUGUUUUUUGAAAUUAUUUUAUAAUUUUCUGGAUUUUCUUUGAAGUGGAGUUCCUCUCACGAAACACUUAAAGCUCCAAAUUGUCCAGAUCAUAACCUUUUCUGAAGCUGUCUGUAACUCUCUAUACACGUUUUCUUUUUGCACAAAAUCUUCUCUUUGAAAAUCAUUUUCAAGAAACUUUUUCCAAGAAUUUUCCGAACACCUAAUAGCUCCAAAUUUUUAGCAAUAUCAUGGGGGUCAUCUUAUGUUAUAGUAUUAGCUAUGAGAUAUCUUUGUUACCAUUUGAAAAGACAAUUUUAUUGCCUAUUAAGUCUCUGACUAGCUAUUUGCCCCUCCUAAGCUUCUCAGGUUCUGUAGUUUGAUGAAGAACUAAUGAAGCUUGUGGCAUUUCACUGUUUGCUUCAAUUUGUGUGCCAAUAUGCAAAAAUAUUUUGCAGUAUGAAAUGUUCUUUUCUUGAAAAUCAUUUUUUUCCCUUACUGUGGUAUUUCUCUGCCCCAUUUGCACUGCUUUCAUUAUGCUUUCAUAGUGAAGUGAGAAAAGAAUGUUGCCUUUUGGAAUAACUGCUGUUUGUCUGAGUAUCUUGGCUCUCUUUGCAGAUUCUUAGUGAUGAGAAGAAAUGUUGGAUAUAUGACCAGGGUGAUGGACAUUGACGACACUGGUUCAGGAAUGUGAGCAGGAUUAAAUCCAUUUGGUGGAGGGGGGCAGCUGUUUAUAUUUCCACUUUGAAAGAGGGGAGUUUCCUUGUAAAGGAUUCGGCGAGUGUUCUGGUAGUGGAUUCCAUUUUUUACCUUGAUGGAAUUUGUCUUCAUGCUCAACUAAGAUACUUCAGCUUGCUUGGAUCUGAGCUAUUUUUUACCUUGUUGUUGCUGCUUAACCAAGAAACUCACAACCGGUGUUUAUAUCAUUGUGAUGUGACCAACUAUAAAGCGAGGGCAGUACAGUAUGCUCCUACAGUCUUCCCCUUGAAAAGGUUUUGUUUUGACGGUAUCUUUUCAGUUUAUGAAAUACCAAGUAGCAGUUGAUUGAACGUAACAAAAGAACCCUGUACAGGACGUAUAACAGGUUCAUUUGUAACUAUCUAGGCUGGUAUAUUCUGUAGCAGAUAACAGGUUUUAUAUUAUUGAAUUGAUCUUCAGAAGUCCAGUGGCCAAAAAAAUGCAUAUCAAGUACUCCAUUUUACUGUCCAUUCUGUGGUACUUGUUUACAUGAUUUCAUAUAAUUUCACUGCCGCAAGAAAGAACAAAGUGAAGUUCUUCAAUCCAAGAGACUAGAAAGUGAAGCAGCAACUUUUGAUGUCUAGCAGAGGUGAAGCUAGAAAAUGGGGUACGGUUUUACACGAGUUCAGUAACUUUUGCUUAAACUCUGUAUUUGUAUUAGGAAAUUUAUUAAAUAUUUAAUUAUGCAAUCAAAAACUAAGAUGAGCUAUGUUUCAGUGACAAGUAUAGAAUUCAUGAACUUCAAGUCCUGGCUCCACCUCUUAGAAAAAUAUGGCAUUGAUGCUUUACUGAUUCA